AUGUUUGCCGCCGCCGCCACCUCUUCACUAGCGACCUGGCAACGGCAGCAGCAGCGGCGGUUCCUUCCGCAGCGGCGGCCCCACAGCGGCGGCGGCGGCGGCGGCGGCGCCCCCUCCCCUCACACUCAGACGCGGCGAGCCGCGGCGGCGGGCGGGCGGGGCGGCGUGGGCACUGCUGCCGCCGCCGCCUCAGGAGCACCCGGCGAGGGGCGACCGGGGAGAAGCCCUCGCGCUUUCGUCGGUGCUGCUGCUGGUGCUCCCGCCACUGCCGCCGCCGCCGGGAAUCACACGGGCUCCUCGGUCCCCGGCUGCAGCUCUUGUUGCCAUGAUGAUGAUGUCACGGACGGAGGGCCAAGAGUAGUUGGGGGAGGGGACACGGCGGGAAAGGGAGGGAGCGGGGCGGGCACCCGAGCGGGACACCCAAGCGGGGGGCCGACUAGGUGCUUUCUCCCCCCGCCCCCGGGCACGCAGCGAGGGCGGUGGCUGCGGGAGAGCCGGGCCCGCGCGGGGCGCGAGGAAUCGAUGACUCGGCCGGUGGGCACGGCCACCUGGGGCGGGAUUGGCCGGAGCCGCGGCGAUCGCGCUCGCUUCGCCGACCGCCAUUUCACAUCCUGCAGAGAAGGCGGGGGCAGCCGCGGAAACGGCCUUUCACAAGUUUUUCUACAGCUCUGAAACUGGAUAUGCCAUACAACAUGCUCUUCAUUUGGUCAGGAAGCAAAAGUAUUUUCCAAAGGACUGGGCUGCAUGUUACGUAAACUUCAGCAAGCAUCUGUGGACCCACAGCUGAAUGAUGGGGGUCGGGGAGGAGGACAAGGGUGAGGGUGGAGAAGCUGCCUGAGAACCAGCCAGCAAAAGAACUAAAUGCUGUCGGCUAUUUCUUGGUAUGCGAUUCAUUUUCAUUUUCCACACUUCAGGUACAAUUGUUUAUAUUCUCCCUGGGUUUCAGAUGUGAAUGCCUUAGAAGUACUUCCCUAAAAAUUAUAAAAUUAAAUUUAAAAAGUUGCAAAUUCUCUUCCAGCUGAGGAGAUUUCAAGGACUUGGAGGAAGCUAAUAAAAAGGGUGACAAAGUGUGGUCAUCUCCGGAGUGUGUUCACUUAACUGGGAUUCUGAGGUCGUGUCCUAGGGAAGGAAUUCUAGAAUUGAAACUGGUCUGAAAAGGAACAAGUGGGUCCUUGGAUGAUAGUGAAUAAACCUGACAUGGCAAUGAACAACCUUUUAGGAAAACGAUGGGAUUAGUCACUUUUAACAAACACGGUGAACCCUGAUGUUUUAAAUUUGUCACUACAAAUAUUCAAACAGCAAAUGAUUACUGAAUCCUGUAGUGUGUCUGACACUGUGCUGUGAACCCCCUCUUCUGAAGCAUAUGCUCAAUUAAAAUUCUUUUAUAGUUGAUACCUACAAGUGACACAUAACUCCAGAGGUCCAAGAGGGUAUCUAAUAAAAGGUAAACAAAAUGAUUUCUGGUGACAUAAAACAUGCCUACCUUCAAGUGGUUUGUAAUCUAACUGAAGGAAAAUGACUAGUACAGGAAAUCAAACUAAUACAAAUCGAGGGCCCUUGCACUUGCCAUUUCUUCUUCUUGGAACACUCUUGCCCUACAUAUCUGCAUGGCUUUCUUUCUUUCUUUUUUAAGGCUUUACUCAGCUCUCGUCUUCUCUGUGAGGGCUCCCUGGUCACCCUCUAAAAUUUUUACAUGCUCCUCUCACUCCAUCUCCCUUUCCUGCUUUAUCCUUCUCUCAGCAGUUGUCACCAUUGUAUAUCCUAUAAAAGAGACGUUAUCAGUUCUAAUACCUAGUACAAUAUUCCUUGUGUAUUGUCUCUCCUCUCCCCCCAGGAUGUAAGCUUCAUGAGGGUGUGAUUUUCAACUCUUCUGUUCAUAGCUGUCUUCCCAGCAUCGAGAAUUAUACCUGGUACCUAGCAGGUGCUCAAUAACUAUUUGUUGAAUGAAUGAAGGAUCAAUGCCUGUUUUAGAGAGGAGACAGAUCCAUGUAGCUGGAAGGAUCUCUGACUGUGAGGAAGUCAGGUCCAUGAAGGGUGACGGGGAGGAUUUGGUGGGCCAAGUCCUCAGAGUUCUUGAAAUUAGACCACAUGGGUACCCUUUCCUCUUCCUCUCAAAUAUGUAUUAAGCUCCACUAAGUGUCAGGCCCUGAGGCCAGGCCUGAAGAGGUCCCAUCCACGACAGGGCUGACCUGAACCCUUGUUGGCAGAGUAACAGUGAGCCUACCCCACAGCGUGAUGGGGCAUCUGUUCUCUCUGCUCAGACACGGAGUACCCGAUCUCCUCCUACAUCCUCAGCAGCGGGUGGGGCAGGCCUGCCGUCACCACAGGGGCCCCUCUGGCCCUAGACCUCAGCCAGAACUGACAGAACAACCCCACCACCCUCCUGAGGGUGUCACAGAGAAUACGACGCCACAUCAGAGGGCCACGGGCAGUUCAGUGGGUUGGGUCGGAAGUGGCAGUUUUGUUUUUUUGGUCUUUAAUGUCAAUAUUGUAAUAAAAAAGAUAACUAGACAUUAGAAAAAAUUAACUCAGUACCCCACCUCUCCUAACCAUUUCCAUUUCCCUUGUUUUAUUCCAGACCUCUUCUAUACCUCUUCUAUACACAGGCACAGCCUGUGUUCCCAUCUCCCUCAGAGGGUGGAAAUUGGCUUUAAGCAAAAAAAAGCCCUGUUUUCUAGCCAUGAUCUGGAGCAGUCUCUGACCCCGAGGGGGACAGAAGACCUCCCAGUUAGGGCCUGUUGACCCCCUUGGUGGCUGUGCUCUGGACGGUCUCAGCUCAUCAGCACGACAUUGAGCUCAGAAAGCCGGGAGAGGCUGAGGCUGUUGGGGGUGCAGCCAACAGACAAGUCUAGCUCAUGGCUUCAGAUGGAUGGUGAAAGGGAGAG